AUGACUAUAUGCCGACUUCACUUUCUAUACCUCCUCAGCAAUCCGGCUUCUUUUGACCUCUUCCUCUGGGACCAAAAAACAGCUGUGGACCUGCCGAACUUACGGCAAAUUAGGGUAGAAAAAACAGAGUUUCGUCAGUCAAAAGACCUAAAAGGGGAAAUGGAAGGUUUAAAAUGCCCAGUGUCCAGUGUAAAAGUAGCAGUUGCACUGGGAGUCUUGAGCCUGAUGGUGCCAAAUAGUUUGUUUCAAAUGUUUAAAGACACCAUGGUUUCUGCUGUGAUUUCGGGGGUUAAUGCUGCAGCUGUCAGACCGAAUCAUGAGCCGAGGAAAGCUUUAGUGCAUGGGGGUGGAUGCUUCGCCUUGUUGCUAAGCAACUAUAUCCAGAGUCAGCCAAACGGGGCCGAGCAGAUACAGGCUUCUGUCCGGGUUAAAGAGGUCCUGUUAACCUAUUUGUUUGUGCUGCCAAAGGACGAUCAGAAAAGUCAAUAUUCACAAGUCAACUUUCUGGACACUCAAGUUACCAUCUCAGGACAUCACUUGGACACUGACAUCUUUAUAAAACCGACGGACCGCAACUCGACACUAAGGUUUGACAGCAAUCACCCAAGGAAUAUGGACGGUGGACACGGGUUGCUCAGUCUAUAACAAGAAAGGAGCCGAUAAUAAUGGCGAGAAUAUGAGGUCAGUACUACUUAUCUAUUUAUAUGAGGGCUAUGAGGUCACUUCCCCGGAUUACUGUACUGUGCAUCCUUGUUACCCGGGGCAACUGCCAUAUGGUGGGGACCGUGGUGGACAUGGAGAGGUUAACUGGCAGACUGCGGUUCCGCAAUAGCCGAAGUUGACCGGAUUGCUAGAAGUGCAGUGGGGAUUGCUGUACACCUAUUGCCCUACACCAAGAUGGCUGCGAUACAGCGAGAAGCUUCAGAGCGCCUGCGCAGGCAGAAGCUUGGCCGCAGCCUAGUAACAGUGAACUCGUGACCGACUAUGACGCCACUUCCGGCUUCCGGCCUGCACACCGAGGAGAACGGUGUUGCGGAACUGAAUACACGUGGACUUUGUUUACCUUGCUGUCUCCCAUACCAACCUGUAGAUCACCCGUAUCUCCGCCCAGGUAAUUAGUAAAUGCCAUUCACACAUGGACACUAAUUAACAAAUUGGAACUGUAAUAUGCACUUUACUGUAUGUACAUACAAUUGCACUUUGAAUUAUUAUAGUGGGAUGCCAUAUGAACGUCUGUUUCUAUAUUGAGCACAUUAGUACAUACAGAAUGCUAUAUGUUUAUUUUAAAAAUGCACUGUGAUGUCACUAAUUGAUGGGCCCUGUGUGGCCAUAUAUUCUCACAUGGAUGCACAUUUUGUUGCUUGACAAUGGCUAGGUGAGCUAGCCAAAACGUUGCCACCAUGUUGCUGUGAAUAAAGGACCA